AUGACGCAAAAUGCAUUCGUGUGCGCUCCUCGAUGCGGUUCGACGACCUCUUUGUCGGCGAGGCGGAAGGGAACAACAUCGACGAGAACGAGAACGAGAGUUAUUAAAGCGUCUUCUUCUGGAGGAGGAGACAAAGACCCACUCAUGGUCCGGACGAUUAAAGGCGAACGGUGCGAACGACCGCCAAUCUGGAUGAUGCGACAGGCUGGACGGUACAUGAAAGUCUACCAGGACUUGUGCAAAAAGCACACGACGUUUCGCGAACGCUCGGAGACGGUGGAUUUGUGCGUGGAGAUUUCUUUACAACCGUACGAGGCGUUUAAACCGGACGGGGUUAUCGUAUUCUCGGAUAUUUUAACGCCGUUAGCUGGGAUGAACAUUCCGUUCGACAUCGUCAAAGGGACUGGACCGAUUAUUUUCAACCCGAUUCGCGACAUGGCUGGCGUGAACGCGGUGACGCCGUUGGAGCCGGAGAAAAGCGUGAAUUUUACUGGGGAAAGUUUAAAGGUGUUGAGAAACGAGUUGAAAGGUACGGAUGCGACGUUGCUUGGCUUUGUCGGGGCGCCGUUUACGUUGGCGACGUACAUCGUCGAAGGCGGGACGAGUUCGCACUAUAAAGUUAUAAAAAAAAUGGCAUUCGAUGAACCGGCGAUUUACCACGCGUUGAUGGAAAAGUUGACCGAUGCGGUGAUUACGUACACGAGAUACCAAAUCGACAGCGGCGCGCAAGUCGUGCAAAUCUUUGACUCGUGGGCGAGCGAGUGGUUGCCGAAAGAUUUCUCCAGAUUUUGCUUGCCGUAUUUAACCAGGGUGAUUAAAGAGGUGAAACAGACACACCCGGACACGCCGUUGAUUUUAUACUGCAGCGGUGCCGGUGGGUUUUUGGAACGGUUACAGACGACUGGCGCGGACGUGAUUUCGUUGGACGGGACGGUAGAUAUCGCCGACGCGAGAGCGAGACUGGGAAUGGAACAAGCCGUGCAAGGGAACAUGGACCCGGUGAGUUUGUUUUCGAGCAAAGAGCACAUCACGCAAGCGAUUGAGGAGACGAUUAAAGGUGCGGGGAACAAUAAGCACGUCAUGAACUUAGGACAUGGGGUUAUGGUAGGCACGCCGGAAGAAAACGUCGCGCAUUUUUUCAAAUCCGUGCGCGACUACAGGUAUUGA